GCUUGCGCGCGCACAGUCGGCGGCCGCGCGCAGCACGCUCGGGGCCCGGAUGGCGGCGGCGGCGGCUGGGAGCGGGACGCCCCGGGAGGAGGAGGGGCCCAGCGGGGAGGCGGCUGCUCCGCAGCCCCAAGCUCCGACGAGCGCGCCCGGGGCUCGUCUCUCGAGGCUGCCUUUAGCGCGAGUGAAGGCUUUGGUGAAGGCCGACCCCGACGUAACCCUCGCGGGACAGGAAGCCAUCUUCAUUCUGGCACGAGCCGCGGAACUGUUUGUGGAGACCAUUGCAAAAGAUGCCUACUGCUGUGCUCAACAAGGAAAAAGGAAAACCCUCCAGAGGAGAGAUUUGGAUAAUGCAAUAGAGGCUGUGGAUGAAUUUGCUUUUCUGGAAGGAACUUUGGAUUGAUGGCUGAGCUCGGCAGUUUUGUGAGCUUUCACCUGCAUCCUCUGGCCAGCCCCUCUCCUGCAGGCCUCUGCCUUGAAGAACAGACUGUUUGGAAUAUUGUACUUACAUGCUUUUCCUGUUCUACCAUCAUCUAAACUGGGAUAAACAGAGGUCUCACCUGUUAGCUUUUCUUUACACGGUCUUCCACUACUAUGUCUUCCAUUUCAGGCUUGGAUGCAGCCUCUUUUGAGGCAGAGGAAAAGAAAAUGAUUUGUGUAGGUUGCCUAAUGAAUGAUGAGGACCAUAAUAAAGGUCUCUGAUCAGUUUCAA